GCAUAUAUUUGCUUUGCAUUACUGAAAAAAAAAAAAAAAAAGAUUUGAACUUGAAUGGCUCAACUGGGUUCUCUCUCUGCUGAAACUGAGACACUGAGCCAUGUCUCCAGACUGGUGGAGGCGUUCAGGGCCUUUGACUCCGACAACGAUGGCUCCAUCACUGCUGCAGAGCUUCGUGGGAUCAUGAGCUCACUUGGGUACAACCCAAGCGAAGAAGAUGUGGAGGCAAUGAUGCAGAAAGGAGACAAAAACAAGGAUGGUGUGCUGAGCAUUGAGGAGUUCUUGGAGAUGAACACAAAUGAGUUGGGACUUGGUGGCCUCCAAAUUCAUCUUACAAUCGCUCUCCAAGCUCUGGAUGUCGCAGACGAUGAGGACUUGACGGCCAAGGAGUUGCAUGAGGUUCUUGGGAACAUGCAAGGUGGUGACUUGUCUCUCAACUUUUGUGAGGAAGUUAUCGCUUCCAUGGAUAGGGAUGAUGAUGGUGCUAUUAGUUUUGAGGACUUCAAACUUAUAGUUAAUGCCCUCCUCUAGUCCUCUAAUUUACAAGCUAUAGCCUUGGAUUGCAUGGUUAAGGUAGAACAAAUAUGUAUGGCAAUAAUCUCCAAGAGUCUGUAUGGAGCUUUGUUCUUCUGUCAGAUAUUAUGAUAAAAGUUUUUCAUAAUGGUAUGUGAUAAAAAAAGUCAGAUGAUAGUGAAAUGAUGAACUUCUGUCCUCGUUCUUCAA